UCGAAGUUCACAUCAAGUUCAAUAACGUCCAGAUGGAAACUUCAACUACCACAAUACGCUUGGGUGAAGCAGGAAGCGGAAGUAAGUAGGGAGAGAUCCAUGUGGUGGACGCGCUGGAGUUUUAAACACUGCUGUUGAUCACACCCGAGCAGUGAAUGUGAGAUGGGGGUCUGACCAGGUGCAAGGUGCAAGGCCCUCCACUUCACACUGAUGAUGUACCCCACGCCUCUGUUCGGCCAUGUUGGGCGCCCUCCUUUUGCAGAUGUCUAUGAGCCUGCAGAGGACUCCUUCCUCUUGCUCGAUGCGUUGGAGCAGGAUGUUGAUCGACUGCAACGCCUCAGACCUGCGAUUUGUCUGGAAGUUGGCUGUGGAUCUGGAGUGGUGUCUGCCUUCCUGGCCACGGUAACCGGCCCAUCAGUUUUGUAUCUCUGUACUGAUGUGAAUCCAGCAGCAGCUCAGUGUGCUGUCGAGACAUCUGUGUGCAAUGGCGUCAGCCUGCAGCCAGUCAUCACAGAUUUGGUUGAGUCGUUCCUCCCGAGGCUCAGUGGUGAAGUGGAUAUUCUUCUGUUCAAUCCGCCAUACGUUGUCACUCCUUCAGAGGAGGUUGGUGGGUGUGGCAUUGAAGCAGCGUGGGCAGGUGGUGAGCAUGGCAGAGAGGUGAUGGACAGAUUCUUCCCCAUGGUUACACAGCUGCUGUCCAAUCAGGGGCUCUUUUACCUGGUUACAGUUGCAGAGAAUAACCCAGAGGAAAUAAUGAGAGUACUGGCAGGAUUCGGCCUGCAGGGGGAGGUGUGCCUGGCUCGGCGUGCAGGGAGUGAGCAGCUUUCCGUCCUGCGCUUCAGUCGAUCCCAGUCGGACUCACACGUGGCCGCGGCUGUGAGCUGAAGAGGCCCUGUACCUCUGAGAUCCCCAAAAGCUACAGGACAGACAGCGGUUUUGAACGACAUGUGUGCUUGCACACAUCUCUCUGUCUGUCUGUCUGUCUGUGUGUGCUUGCAUAUGUGAACAAGAGACCUUGGCGCUUAAACACACUCGUCAACAUUCAAGAGACGUACCAACUCAAACACACACACAGUGAAGUGUGUGUCCGUGUGAGAAAAACACAUGUGGAUUCUACCUCUAACACCAUCUGAACUGAGUCAGCCAGCCAGUAGUGGGUUGCCCUACUCGGGCUUUUUAACAGUCUGGAGAGGAAUGAAAAGAGCGCCGUCUGCUGGCUCACUGUGGGCAGGCCAGAAUUCAUUUCUCAGGACAGACGACUGACACGAAUGUGGCAAAGUUCUACCCUUCAAAUCCUUCUGGGGAUAAUUGCAUACAAUUAAAUAUAUUUGAAAUGAA